CGCGAGUGUGUCUACUGCUGGCAAAAGCUGGCAGCUUGCCCUGCGUGCGUGUGUACUGUGUUGUGUGACGGCGGAAUUGCGUUUUAGUGUUAUGUUGGUCCUUUUACGAGGAAAUCUCUGAGGUAUAUGGCAAAUAUGACGAAUUCUGUGCCGGACAGAUGGUUAGAGUAUAAAGCUUUCGGCGAUGUGAUUAAGGGCACCAAGAUUCUAGCAUUCAAAGUUCCGUUGAAGGACGCCAUAGCGAAGAAUCUGAAGCCGGAGGAACGAUUUACUUCAGAAACAUUACGGCAAGCGUUUCCUCAUCUCAAGUAUAUCGUCGACUUGACUAAUACAAAUCGCUACUAUGACAAAAAGGAAUUUACAAAUGCUGGUGUUAAGUACGAGAAGAUUGCUAUUCCAGGAAGGAAGAUACCGUCUAUGGAUAUAAUCAAAAAAUUCUUUAAAGUGAUGGAUGAUUUCACAUCGACAUGCGGUGAAGGUGAAAUUAUAGGAGUUCAUUGCACGCAUGGUGUGAACCGUACUGGUUAUUUAAUUUGUAGAUAUCUCAUUCAGCAACUAGGCUGGAAAGCUCAAGAUUCCUUAAAAGCUUUUGGAGAAGCACGCGGUUAUCCCGUCGAACGCGACAUUUAUCUCGCCGCGUUGCAAGAGGUCAAACGCGGUGAGAAGAUCGACACGAGUAAAAUUGUUUUGACGCCGACUCCUAUCGGCGUUGGAGUCUCAACUAGGAAGAAUCCGCUGAAGAUGCGCUCGCUGUUGAAAAAUUCGGUAGGCCGACCGAUGGGGCCGCCGGGAUUCGUGAUGUCGCGACGAGGUUUCGCGAAUGGUGGACCGUUUCCGCCUCAGAGAUUCGGUCCGCCGCCGCCGCCAGGAUUUGGCCCGAUGCCACCUCCGCCCGUUAUGCCGCCUAUUCCGCCGAUGAGUCCGCCACUCUACGGACUCAGGCCGUUUAGGUAUGGACCAGCGCCGAUGCGCCAGGCAAUGCCGCCGACGCCGCCAGGACCAGGUUUCCCACCACGUCCCGGUUUUCCACCACGUAUGCCAGGUCCGCCCAGGAUGGCGGGUCCGCCGAGAUUACCGGCCGGUCCAACCGCGCGAUUACCGCCGCCGAAAAUGCCACCGCCGCCACCACCUCCGCCUUCCAGAUCAAUCAGAGUAACCAAACAGCUUCAAGCGCAGAAGAAGCAGAUUAGAAAUGGAAUAAUGGAGCGUGCAGUUAACAUUCGCAUGAGGCGAAACGGGCCGGCUAGCAACAGAAUCUUGCCCAAAGCGCAUAAGGAACAGGACUUCACCGUCGACACGUUCGAGGAGAAUCUACUCACGACUUCGACUCCGCAACAGCGACGACAAGCAAAAGGACGCUUUAACCAAGUCAAGUGACCAUGUAUUCGCUAGGAAUAUGAUGAUACUUAAUUGCAGAAUUUUUUGUUUGAUACGUCGUAGUAAAGCAGACGUCCACAGUGUCUAAGAUAUCUUGUGUGCAGUUGCUGUCCUGUGAUGAACAGCAAUACCUCACAGUUUGCACGAUUAUUUUAUGAGCUUAGACAUCAAAGCUCGAACGAGUUCGAGUUAUGUAACGUGUGAAUUGUUACUGUAUUGAUAUAAACACAUACCUCCCGUAGAUUUUUUAUUUUACUGUAUUUUUUAUCAAAGAUAAAACUAUCUAACACUAUCAGAAAUCUCAUGAUACUAAUGUUCUAAGUCAUUUUCUGACUUAUGUCUGCGUACAUGUACUUUUAUUUUAGUAAUUGAUUUAAUGAUUAUUAAUUAUUACGUAUUACAUUAAAUAAUAUAUAUUAAAACGGAAUAAUGUAAUAUGUAAUACAUAAUACUUAGCGCCGCGAUGCUAUCGCAUUGCUUAAUAUUAUACGUAUUAUUAUUAUUAUUAUAUAAACUGAAGAAGCAGCAGCCCCUCAUAAUCAAUAAUAUUGUGCAAUGAUAUUGAGUCUAUGGUCGGAAUUUGUAGUCCGUUCUUAUAUUUAAGAUCAUCUUAAGUACAAUCUUGUCAUAUUCUAAGACAUUACUUAAUCUUGAAAUAAGAAUCGACUAUAAAUACUAGCCUAUCUGUAAUAUCCCAGGGUUUUCGCCACUGACACAGUACUGACAAAACAACCGGCCCAAUACUGGCGCAGCGUUGCAUGAUAACUUUGGAUCACAUCUAGGCAACCGAUAACUGGCCCAGCAUUGGCUUUCGACUGGUUGGCUGGGCCAGCAAUGAACUAAUGUCAAUUACCAAUAAUAUGUUGCGCCAGUACUGGUCCGAUUGUAAAACCCUGUUUGGAAUUGUGGCCGCUUUAUAAUAAAAUUUUAUUUUAAUUAUUUUGUUGCUAUAGUAUCGUGAGAUUGCAAUAAAUGUCAUUUGGGAGUAUUUCUAUAGUAAAUAAUUGUUUACAUGUUUAACGGGAAAAAAAGAUACAUUAUGUAAAGGCAGAGAGAAUUGUCCACGAAUGUCUUACGCAGGUACUAUUACUUAUAGAUUUAAGUGUGAGCACAUCAUUAAUAUAGCUUCGUAUAAUUUGACAUUCUUAUGAAAUUUUAGUUUGCAUAUUUAAUAUCUUUGUUUUAUAUUACGUAUAUAAACGAAUUGCACACACUUAAAACUAAAUAUUAUAUACAAAAUGAUUAAUGAAUAAUCUAAAAAUCAAAGCAGAUGGAAAUAGAGCGGACAGUAACUCCAUGUACAAUUUUAAAUAAAAUGUGUGCAUUUAGAUAUAGGAGAUGUAUACUUCUAUAAAGAAGAUUAUAAAUUGAAAAUUUCUUUAUCCAUUCACAGUCGGGAGCAAACCAGCAAUCAUCUUUAUGAAUGAGUUCGACGAAAGUACAUCUGAAAUCAAUGCUUCUAACAAGAUUCAAUAUCGCUUAAAUAGCAGUUGUUAAUUAUUGCCUUACAGGUUAACAGCAGUACGAGAGUUUCUGCUAAUUUGGAUCUAGCAGGUAUUUAAUUUAAUUUUCUUUAAUAUGACAUAGCAUGUCAUUUUUUUCAUAUUGAAUUAUUAUCGAGCGAAUUUUAUAUUUUCUCUUUCAUGUGUGCGAUUUAUUAUUGCCCUUUCUAUAUUAUAUCCGAUACAAUCGAUUCGUUUCCGAUUGCUAUAAAUCUGUUCUCGGGGGGGAAUUACUUCCUGCUAGUACGGAGGACCGAUGAAUGUUUUACGAGGAUGCUCAAUGGUAAAGUAGCUUGGUAGUUCGAUGUCAUUGUUGCUGUAUAAGAUUACAUAGACAGGUACGCGCGUGGUGCGAACGUAAUUGAACGCACGCCGGGAAGAUCGGAGCGGGCUACGGCUGAUCGUGCAUCGUGUAUCUCGCGUUCAGAGAUAUUAAAGUGAUUCAAUAUUCGGACCGGAGUCAAGGGGUCACGCGUGUAGGAGGGACAUGUCUCUCGCGCGUCUGACCAUAUAUCACGAACUGCCGUUGGCGUACGUGGAAUAAUUCCACGAGAAAUUGCACGCGUCACACGCGAGUAACGCCUUGGGCCUCGGGGACUUUACCCGGCGGCCUUAAAAGUGAGACUUGAUAAUAGGAAGGGCAUAAAUUAAGUGCGCGUUUGUAUGUGCGUUUUAUGGCGUGUUGCUUCCCUGUCACUUUUGGUGGAUGUGCAUUGCUCUGCUUGUAAUGACUGGCGGCGAAUUUCAACAUAUUAUAAAAAAUCGAUAUCAUGAACGAUACAUUCUAUAAUUGACGCGCGAAUUGAGAAAUAAUUUGUAGAUUAUUAAUGCACUUAACUCUGAAAUUACAGGAGCAUUUAAUCAAAUAGAAAUUUGAUACAUUUGAAUGUUGUGACUAUGUAAAAAGGUGAAACACAUUUUCAAUGUAUAUCUACAAAGUGUGAUUAUAAACAACAAGGAGUUUAACGAUAUAAAUUUAAGGCUAUAUGAAACAUUAUACUGAUUUAUAUUAAAAGAAAUAAUUACAUUUGUCAUAUAAAAA